UGGAAAAAGCGGGUAAAAGAAAACAAGAAGAGCAAAAAAAAAAUCACACACCUCAUUCGCUUCGCGCAUAGAUCCAAUUAUUGUGUGCUGUAUUUGUGUUGUUUUUUUGAUCGAGUAAAGCGCGAUAAGUGGGGUCGCAGACCGCAGCGAAAUUUGUCUGCAUUCCUGCGAAUUGGCGAGACGAGAUGCAUUCCCAGCGCCAGCAAAACUACACCGAAAUCUACGAGCUGCUGCGAAAGUUGUGCAAAAGCUUAGCUGGCGGCGAGCAUCACGGUGGUCUGCUGAAAGGUGCGACGCAGCUGAUUGCCAAUACGCCGAAUUCGAUUUCUGCCUCCGGCAGUGAUGAGAACUCCAUAGUAGCCCGAAUCGGGCAGCAUCUUAGCAGUGGGGGCGGUGGCCAUCGCCAGAGUGAUUGUGCCCUGUUUAACGGGUUGCACGAGCAGUUGAGUGCAUAUACUGAAAGCAAACGGAGGGCGCAGAUCCUGGAAUUUUUGCUACUGCUGGCAGAUUCGGCGGAUGGUAAAGUUGGUUUGAACGGCCACGGUCAGUAUUUGAGUGUUGAUUUGCGUUGCGAUAUGAGUGGAGGCAGUUUACCGCAAGCGGGCGGCUCUCGGACGACAUUCGGAUCGGAUGCCUGUGGAGGAGGGUUGGAGAAUAUUUUCUCCAGGAUUGAACUGCGCAACCGAUCGACAGAUAAUGGCGGAACCGGUGGAGGAAUGAGAUUGAUGCCCUUCCGGGCAAGUUCGAUGGCAGUAGAUGGACGCAGUUCGACAACGUCCGGGGAACUGUCGGAGGAGGAGAAUCAAGCGUCUUCCGUUAACCUCCAGGAUCAUCUGAUCCAGGAUGUGAUCUACGCUUGCACCGGUAUUCAGGGCAAGUAUCUGCGUAAACAUAUCGUAACAGGGGAGUUUAAGUUGGAUCAUAUCAAGGGACGAACGUUGAGUAUUGGCGAUGCCGGAAUGCUGUUGCAGUUGGCCGAAGUUGGCCAUUUCCACAACCGGGUGCUGAAGUUUACCGAUCCAAAAAGCGACUGUUACAUGAAGGGUAACUUCGGUCAGGGCUACAUGUCCGCUUUGCAGCGAGAACUAACGCAGUACUAUGGAAUGCUGGCUAUUCUUCAGGAAGAUUUAAACCGCCAGCGGAGAGAAUCAGAUGGUGACCGUUUAACGUUGAAAAAACUACGCCUCUGGCUGGCUGGUCCUAUGGAGCGGCUCCAGUGGCUGGCACUGAUUUCCGACUCUUGCAAAGAGCUUAAAGGGGGUGCACUGGCCACGGUCGUAUACGACUACACAACCACUGGCCAUCCGGAAAACCGAAAGUGUGCUCUUGAACUGCUGCGUGCAGCCUGUGUUCCCUUGCAGCAUGCUCUCAUUCGAUGGCUGAUCAACGGUGAAAUCGUCGAUCCGAAUUGCGAAUUUUUCAUCGAGGAAAUCGGCGAAGUUGGCUUCGAUCAACUGUGGCACCAGAAGUAUCGCAUCCGGCGAAGCAUGUUGCCGGUUUUUGUCACCGAAACGAUGGCGCGACAUAUUCUGGUUAUCGGAAAGAGCAUAAAUUUUCUGCGCGAGGUUUGUCAGGACAAAACUCCCGUCAAGGCGAGAAACGAUCUGAAGCAGUGUUUGGAGAACAAUCUGGACACUCUGUUCUCACCGGUGUGCACGACAAAGUUGCACCUGCUGAUCGAUAGCGUUUAUCUGAACACCUCCAAGCAGGUGCUGGACAUAGUUCUCGGACCGCACCGACUGCUUGAUCAUCUGCAGGCCCUUCGCAACUACAUCCUCUUGGGUCAGGGUCAUUUCGCGGAUUUACUGAUGGAAAACCUCCAUGCAGAGCUGGACCGACCGGCGAGCGAAAUCUUCCAGCACGAUCUGUUUUCCAUACUAGCGUCGGCGGUUCGCAUUUCAUCGUCCGAGCAAGACGAACCGGAAGUGCUAAACUAUCUGGACGUACAUUUCCUCUCCCACUACGAUGGCGAAUCCGGCUGGGAUGUGUUCGGUUUGACGUACAAGGUAAGCGGCCCGCUGUCGACAAUCUUGGAACCCUCGUUGUGCCGGUAUCAAACCUUUUUCAAGCACCUGUGGAACAUGAAGCACAUUGAGUUCAUGCUGUGCCGCACCUGGAAGCGACAAAUGCUGGAUGCGAAAUCCCUUCGGCCCCUGCAGAAGCACAUCGGUCCGAUCAUCCUGCGGCUACAGCUGACCACCUCGCAAAUGAUUAACUUCAUCUGUCAGAUGCAGUACUACAUUCUGUUCGAGGUUAUUGAGUGCUCUUGGGUGCAAUUCUUACCACGGGUUAAUCAAGCUAAAGCACUAGAUGACAUCCUGGAAGCGCACCAGCAGUUUCUGGAGGAAAUUCGUAUCGGUAUCUUUCUGGACGACAGUUCGCAGCAGAUUGUGAACACGCUGGAUCACGUUUUUCACACCGUCCGAAAGCUCGAGGAAUGGCAGGAGCGAUUCUAUCGGUUGUGUUUCGAGGAGCAUGAGGCGCGUCGCGCCUUCCAGCAGCAUAUCAAAGCCAGUGAACGCAAGGGACAGUACGGUACCACCACGGAGCGAAUGCUCGAGCGUGACGAGCAGGCAAAAACGUUCGAACAGCACUUGGCCACCCAUCAAACGCUGCUGCAGGAAAUCGGCAACGAGUACGAUAACUUCGUCGGCCAGUUUCUGUACCAGCUGACGAUUUCUACCAGCGAAACGUUGCGACAACUGGGCAUGCGGUUGGAUUACAAUGAGUGCUACAAGCAUCGGGACGGCAGACUGAGCGUCCCGCUCACGUUCCAGCAUAUGCGUAUGAGCAUGGCGGCCAACAGUUUCCGCUCGAAAAAAGCCUCCUCCAGUUCGAUGCUCUACUGACGGCAGUAUCUUGUUCCGGCGAAAGCAACGGUUCACAGCUGGCAGGCACUGCUCCCCAAUACUCGUACUCUUAGCUACUACAACUGUUGCGAUCUGAUGUGAGCGCCUGAAGCGUUCCGCAAGCAGCAAUCAGUUCAGUAAGCGAAAUGUUGCCAAGUUUGUUCGUUAGUGUCGAUUAUAUUGAGAAUUAAAACUGCUAGAAAAAAAAAAGAAGCAAUAGAAUAGCCAUUUCACUGUUUGCAAAAUAAA